AUGGGAGGGUUCAAGUUAAUUAAGUGGACAUCUAACAGUCUUAAAGCAACCGAUUGCAUCCCGGUUGAGAAACGGUCACCGUGUCUCCGUGACUUGAAAGGAAGUCCGUUACCAACAGACAAAGCACUUGGUGUGCAGUGGGACUCGGAGAACGAUGAAUUUUUGUUCCAACUCCAGCUACCUGAGGAAACGGUGACUCGCAAAGGAGUUCUGUCUUCGUCGGCCAGCCUUUACAAUCCAAUGGGGUUCGUCGCACCGUGGCUACUGCCGGGCAAGAUUCUGCUGCAGGACCUGUGUAGAAAAAAUGUUACUUGGGAUGAGACUCUGUUCGAAUCGGAUCACAAGACUUGGCAAGGCCGUACCGUAGAACACUAUGAAUCAAUCGUGUUUUAUUUCGGGAUUCGUAUCGAUUUUGGCUACGCUUCAUUCAAUUGCGAUUUGGUUGACGUACACUCAGUACUCCUCGUUGGGGAACAGUUCUAG